AUGUCAGAUACCAAAGACUUGCGGGUCACGGUUGCCAUCGACUUUGGGACGACAUUUUCUGGAUUUGCUUAUGCUAAUAAUAUUAAUCCAGACAUAACCGUUCAUGAUUCUUGGUUUGGAUUAAACAAUUCAAGAAAAAUAAUUCCAAAGACAAAUACUGUUAUCCAAUACGGUAGUGGUUGGAAAUUAGUAAAUUGGGGCUUUCCAGCAUUGGCACAAGAUCCUGGAUCGAGAAGAAAAAAGAAACACGUUAACACCGACUGUAAAACUGUAGAAUUGUUUAAAUUACAUUUAGCCGACAUUCCCGAUUAUCAAAAACCAGGACUACCUUAUGGAUUAGAUUACCGUAAAGCUAUUAGAGAUUUUCUGGCUGAAAUGAAACCGUUAAUUCAAGAGACACUCAAUAGGCGUUGGCCACCUGCUAUCAAGCUUUCACAAGUUCGUUUCGUAUUCUCCGUGCCCGCUGAAUGGAAACCUCAUAUAAUUGGAAUUCUACAGGAUUGUAUUUACGAUGCUGGUUACCUCGAGAAAAGGCAUUCGAAUCAUAAUUUAGAAUUUACGACGGAACCGGAGGCAGCUGCAUUAUAUUGUAUGAAAAAAUCAGGAGAAUAUAAACUGGAUGUUGGAGACACAUUUUUAAUUGUCGAUUGUGGAGGAGGUACUGUAGAUCUAACAAUGCGGACUCUUGUCGAGGGUGAUUGUAUUAGUGAGGACACUGAACGUACGGGUGACCUAUGUGGAAGCACAUAUGUUGACAAAAAUUUUAGAGCUUUUUUAGAAAAGAAACUUGGAAAAAGUGCUCUAAUGAACCUUCAGAAUAAACACUAUGAACAAUAUCAAUACAUGAUUCAUGAAUUCUUUUGCCCAUAUAUCAAAUUUUUAUUCAAUGGUGAUCAAGCAGAAUUCAAAAUCAUUGAAUUGGACAUCGAAAAGUGGUGUCCAGCACUUAUUGAUUAUGUCAGCCAAGAAAUCAAAGAAGAGAUGGAGGAAGAAGAUUGGCUUAUUGAAAUUUUAUUUCAAGAUGUUUUUGAAAUGUUUCAUCCAGUGGUAGAAAAUAUUCUUACACUGAUAAAUAACCAGCUAAAUUCUUCAAGAAAAAAAUGCUCUGCAAUGUUUAUGGUUGGUGGGUUCGCCGAAUCACCAUAUUUGAUAAAAAUGAUCGAAGAAAGAUUUUCCGGUAGAGUUCCUCUAAUUGCAGUUCCGCAAAAUCCGAUCACGGCCAUUCUCCGAGGUGCCGUAAUGUAUGGGUUAAAUAAAAAGGCUGUAAAGCAUCGAAAAUUAACUAUGAACUAUGGUGUGGAAGUAUUUCCAAAAUGGAUACAAGAUGUCGAUCCUAAAGCUCGAAAAACCGAAAAUGGCCGAAUUGCAAAGUUCAGCUGUCUUGCAAAACGAGGAAGAAUUGUCACACCCGAUGAAGUAUGUUCAGAUGUCUACUAUCCGGUUUACCCUGAUCAAACUGCUAUCUUAUUCAAAGUAUUUGCCACAUCUAAACCUAAUCAAAGAUUCUGCGAUAAAUCUGAUAAAACUGGAAUGGAAGAAGUUGGAAAAUUAAGAAUUAAACUUCCAGACAUACAUCUGGGUAUUGAUAGACCUGUUGAGUUUGGUCUGAAAUUUGGGGAAUUAUUAAUAACUGCUACUGCACGGAAUAAGACAAAUGGAGAAUCUUAUUCUGCUGAGUUUAAUUAUGUCUCAGCUUUUGAAGCUGCAACCAGCUGCAACUAA